AUGCAGAGUUUGCGCCUGGUUCACCAUUACACUAUUGCUUCGAGUGACAUCUUCUCGCCGGACGCGUGUACCAGCGAAAUAUGGAGAGUCACUGUUCCCCAAGCUGCUUUUUCUCAUGAAUUUUUGAUGCAUGGAUUGCUGGCUGUAUCCGCUCUGCACUACGCUCAAACUCAUCCCGAUGAGCGGGAAGAAUACCUUAUAAUAUCAUCCCAUUACCAAGGCCUCGCCCUGCAGUUUUUCGCAACGCGGCUGGGAGAUAUUUCUGAUGACAACUUUGAACCAUUCUUCUUUCUCGCCACUUUUAUUUUCCUAUGGAACAUCUACACCUUUUCUGAUGCUCAUCAGGACGCCAAACCUGUCUCUACUGCUGAGAUAGCCCAGUCCUUCAAACUUCUGCAUGGGAUUAAAAGCAUUUGCGACGCGAGACCGAGCGGAUGGAGGGAGGACGGCCCGCUGGCACCGCUGUUUGAGCAGUGGGAGGUCUUUCCGGUGGACAGAACAGGCCCGUUUCACGCUCAAAUGGACCGAUUAUACGACCUUGCGCGCGAUCUCAAUCCUUCAUUCGAUGCUAUUAACACCCAGUCGUCGUGCUUGCUUGCAAUCGAGACUCUCCGGACUACGUAUGCAGCAUGCAUGUGCGACAAGUCGGAAAAGCAGGCACAGCGUAUCUGGUUUUGGCCGAUAACACUGACCCAAGUGUUUAUGGAUCUGGUCAAGACCAAUCAUCCGGUGGCACUUAUUAUUCUAGCGCAUUAUGCCGCGCUGGCAAGAACGUUUGAGAAGAAUAAUUGGAUCAACAUGGGAUGGAGUGCUAAAGUCAUGGGUGCCGUUGAAACCACAUUGGACGAGAAAUGGAAGGAGUGGGUUGCGUGGCCGUUCAAGUCAUUAAGGGAUGAAAUCGAUGUUAACAAGAUGGAUCCCCCUAAUACCUGA